UGUGUGUGUGUGUGUGUGUGUGCGUGUGCGUGUGUGAGUGAGUCUGCCUAUAAGGUAUCGUGCCGUUCAUUGCGGCUCAGGCAUGAAGUAUUCUGAUUCAAGAGCGGAGUGACGUCCCAAAAAAACAAACUUUCCCAAAAAGUUUUGACGCAGAUAAGUUAACGCGCCGGACGGAGCGGAAGGAUUCAUCGACCCGCAGCAGGACGCACGCAGAUAAAAAUGCCAGGUGAGCGUUUGUCUGUCAGAGGCACGUCGGAGGUGGGGCGCUUCCACGGAGCAGCCCCCCCCACCAGGGUGGAGCUGACCAUUCAUAAAGAUGGAGAGAAGAAACAGGAAGAGGGAAGCUGUCGCCGCUGGUUCCAGAAGAUGUGUCCGUGCUGCUGUAAGAGCCAGAAGAGCACCUCCUAUGAUGUCACAGACAAGGUGGAGUUUGUCAAACCCCCGGAGCCCGUAAAGCCGAAGCCUGAGAAUGGAGAAGUGAAGGAAAUGGAAGAAAUCAAGUUUUUGGUGAGUUCUGUGGACAUGCUGAGCUCCAAGACGGGCCAGAACAGACAGGAGCACCACACCGACUUGUAUCAGGGGGACGAGCUGAUCAUCCGCAGAGGGCAGACCUUCCAGAUAGAGCUGGAGCUCAACAGGCCCUUCAAUGCUGACAAUGACAAGCUGCACCUGGAGCUUAAAACAGGUCCCCUGCCCUUGGUGUCCAAAGGCACCCAUGUCAUCAUCCCACUGGUGGACAGCCUGGAGGACGAACGCUGGGAGGCCAAGAUCGUGGAGCGGAACGGCAACAGGAUCAAGCUUUCCGUCAACUCGCCAGCCGGCGCCGUGAUUGGCCUGUACGGGCUCUCGGUGACAACCAGCUCGUCGAAGGGCGAGGCGGCAACGACUCACGACUCCAGCAAGAACAUUGUCAUGCUCUUCAACCCCUGGUGUGAGGAGGAUGCAGUGUUCUUGGAUGAUGAGGAGGAGCUAAAGGAGUACGUGCUGAAUGACACCGGGAGGAUCUACUACGGCACAGAGAAACAAAUCGGUGCCCGCACGUGGAACUUUGGCCAGUUUCACGAGGGAGUCCUGGACGCUUGUCUGUUCAUCCUGGAGAAGAGUGACAUGCCCCCAUCCGGCCGAGGGGAUCCUGUUAAUGUGGUUAGAGUCAUAUCUGCCAUGAUAAACGCUCAGGACGACUUUGGGGUCCUGGUGGGGAACUGGUCCGGGAAUUACUCUGACGGAGUCUCUCCUUCGGCGUGGAGCAGCAGCGUGGAGAUCCUGAGGAAGUACCACUCCUCCAACGGCACGCCGGUGUCAUACGGACAGUGCUGGGUCUUCUCCGGGAUCACCACGACGGUGCUGCGGUGUCUGGGCAUUCCCACCCGCAGCAUCACCAACUUCCAGUCCGCUCACGAUACCGACGUGUCCCUCACCACGGAUGUGUACUUCGACGAGAACAUGGAUCCGAUCGACUACCUCAAUAGUGACUCUGUGUGGAACUUCCACGUCUGGAACGACUGCUGGAUGGCGAGACUGGACCUGCCCCCGGGUUAUGGAGGCUGGCAGGCUGUCGACUCCACUCCCCAGGAAACCAGCCAGGGCACCUUCCGCUGCGGCCCCGCCUCCAUCAACGCCAUCCGCUCCGGCCAGGUCUACCUCAAACACGACACGCCGUUCGUCUUCGCCGAGGUCAACAGUGAUAAGAUCUUCUGGCAGAAGAACCUGGACUCCACUUUCAGUCAGAUCCACAUUGAGAAGAAAGCUGUCGGCCACUUCCUCAGCACCAAAGCGGUGGGCUCCGACGAGCGGGCGGACAUCACGCACCUGUACAAACACCAGGAAGGUUCGGAGGAGGAGCGCAUCUCCGUGGAAACGGCCAGUCGCUUCGGCAGCAAGCCGAACGUCUACUCCACGGCCAUGGCGGAGGACGUGUGCAUCGAGGUGACGAUGGAGGGCGAGGGCCCCCAGAUGGGCGCCGACGUCCAGCUGAGCAUCCGGGUGAAGAACCUCAGCUCGCAGCCGCGUCGGACCACCCUGCACAGCCGGGUGGCCGUCAUGUACUACACCGGUGUGCUGAAGGGCACCAUCAAGAAGGAGCAGAUACCCGUGGAGCUCUUGCCCAAUGAAGAGAAGACCAUAGAGUGGUUGCUGCCCUACCAACAGUACCAGAACCAGCUGGUGGACCAGGCCGCUCUGAUGCUGACCCUGUCUGGGAGAGUCAGUGAGACCCAGCAAGUAUUAGCCAACCAGACCACCUUCAGGCUCCGUACGCCCGACCUCAAGGUUACGCCUGUGGGAGAAGCUGUCGUUGGCAAGGAGAUGGCCGCCAAGAUUACCUUCACCAACCCUCUGCCACGUAUGCUGAAGGAAGUGGUGUUCAGGGUGGAGGGCCUGGGCCUGCAGAAGGGCCACGAGGUGGCCAUUGGCGACAUAGGCGGCCACUCCACGGUGACCCUGACGGAGCACUUCGUCCCCACCCAGCCGGGGUCCAGGAAGCUGGUGGCGUCCCUCGACUGCAAACAGCUCACGCAAGUGCACGGCGUGGCGGACAUCAUGGUCCGCGAGCAGUGAGAAGCGACGCCACUUCCUGCCGUCUGCUCCUCGUAACGCACGAACAGAAAGCCUCUACUUAUACGGAGAGUGCGCCGAGUUCUUUUAUAUACUACAGAAGAAUAUAAAUGUGGAUAACUUUCAAACUACGAGUGGACAAUUAGUAGCGUUGUCAGUAUUAUUUGCUUUUUUUUUUACUUACAUAUAUUAAUCCACACUGAUGCCUUUUGUUCUGAGAUGUCUAAACUGUGGUGAAGUCUGCGGCGGCGGUUUUUUAAACCACGAGCAGCAAAUGAAGUGUUUUGAUUUAUCUAAGUUAUAAAAACCUGACGGACCGUCCAGAGACCAAAGAAUGUGAAGGUGCGGACAGUCGGGUCACAAUCCCGUCGUGACGAUGUAAAUACAGCGCGUCACGAGAAGAAAACGUUCGCGAAACAAAUCCUCUCACGGCCUACAGGAAGGAAGGAAGAAAGGAAGGAAGGAAGGAAGGAAGGGUACCGGGGGAAGUUCGUAAAAUUCAAUUCAAUUCAAUUCAGUUUAUUUGUAUAGCCCAAUUUCACAAAUUACACAUUAGUCUCGGAGUGCUUUACAAUCUGUACACAUAGACAUCCCUGCCCCAAAACCUCACAUCGGAUCAGGAAAAACUCCCAAAUAACCCUUCAGGGGGAAAAAAAGGAAGAAACCUUCAGGAGAGCAACAGAGGAGGAUCCCUCUCCAGGAUGGACAGAACAAUAGAUGUCAUGUGACCAGAAGGACAGAUUUAGAGUUAAAAUACAUUCAAUGAAUAUGACAGAGUGAAAGAAGGGCCUGGUGGUAAAAUGUCCCUGCCUGGCACAAUUAACUGAUCAUUUUCUUCCAAAACAAUUAACGAUGCAGAGUCCCCCAACAUAUAUGUAAUCUUCAAGCACAUGAUUUUUUUUUAAUCACCCGAUGGAACGACGCCAUCUUCCCAACCUCUCUUUUAAAACCCCCAAAUGUUGCACAAGGCAAAAUAAACACUCAAUGUUCCCCUUCGGAAGUAUUCUAGCGGAUGUUGUCGCGAGGUGUUUAGAAUCCUCGCAGCCUGCCGCCAACCUUUACCUGCACGAUGACACUCUGAAUCUGACAGCUUUACCCGGUUUCCCCGGCUGUUUAACUCGAGUACAAUGUGAAGAAAAGUAUUUUAACUACAUUACACUAUUUAUCUACCAUAUCUACCUGGAAUGUUGUUUUUGUUCCUGUAUUGUGUGUGUGUGUGUGUGUUGUGAUGGUAAUAAACCUAACACUGAAACACU